GUCUAUUGUUCAUUUAUGUUCAACACAUUGUGAGAACGGUGAACAUGUGUAAUAUCAGUGUGUAAUAUUUAACUAAAACGUGUUAAAAUGCCUACUCCAGACAAAAUACUUAUGCGAAAGAUUAAGAAUCGUGAAAAGAAGAAGUUGAAGCUUAUAAAAAAGAAAACUAAUGAUGCAUCCGAAGAAACACCAGAAGUUGAAAACAAACCAGUAAAAGAGGUAAAGAAAAGGCCACGUGAAGACAAUGAAAAGGCGGUACCAACUAAAAAACAAAAGAAGGUAAAGAAAGAAAUCAAAACUGAACCAGAUCCGGUGAAAGAGGAACCAUCUUCAGAGAACAGUGGUUCUGAUUCUGACGAUGAAGAAAUUGCUGAAAGUGGAGCUGAAAAUAAUGAUAACUCUGAGAGCCAAUUGCCCGGUUCCAGUUUAUGCCUCGGCAUAUUAUCAGAUCAAAAAUUCACUGCACUUGAAGGGAAAGUCUGUGAAUCCACUUUGAUGGGGAUUAAGGACAUGGGAUUCACCACCAUGACAGAGAUCCAGUCUAAAGCUAUACCACAUUUACUUGAAGGCAGGGAUCUAGUAGGAGCAGCUAGGACAGGAUCGGGAAAAACUCUGGCUUUCUUAAUACCAGCUAUUGAUCUUAUUUAUAAACUGAAGUUUAAGCCUAGGAAUGGUACUGGAGUGAUAAUCUUGUCUCCUACAAGAGAAUUGGCCAUGCAAACAUUUGGAGUAUUAAUGGAAUUAAUGAAGUAUCAUCAUCAUACUUAUGGGUUGGUUAUGGGAGGUGCUAAUAGAAGUACUGAAGCACAAAAGCUUUCUAAAGGUAUCAACAUCCUAGUGGCUACACCAGGUCGACUUUUAGAUCAUUUGCAGAACACACCAGAUUUUCUUUACAAGAAUUUGCAAUGUCUUGUCAUUGAUGAAGCUGACAGGAUCUUGGAGAUUGGUUUCGAAGAAGAAGUUAAGCAGAUCAUUAAACUUCUUCCAAAACGUCGUCAAACCAUGAUGUUCAGUGCCACACAGACGAAGAAGAUUGAGGCUUUGACGGCGCUAGCGGUAAAACACGAACCAGUUUACGUAGGAGUGGAUGACCAUAGAGAACAGGCUACCGUUGACUCUCUAGAACAAGGUUACAUUGUAUGCCCCUCUGAGAAGCGAAUGAUGGUGUUAUUCACAUUCCUAAAGAAGAAUAGGAAGAAAAAGGUCAUGGUUUUCUUCUCAACCUGCAUGUCAGUCAAAUAUCAUCAUGAGCUGUUCAAUUACAUUGAUCUACCUGUCAUGUCUAUCCACGGCAAGCAACAACAAACGAAACGUACGACAACCUUCUUCCAAUUCUGCAACGCCGAGUCCGGUAUACUACUGUGUACGGAUGUAGCGGCCAGAGGCCUGGAUAUACCAGCGGUCGACUGGAUCGUACAGUACGACCCGCCAGAUGAUCCUAAGGAAUAUAUCCAUCGCGUCGGCAGAACUGCACGAGGUCUUGGAACUAGUGGCCACGCAUUACUGUUUCUUCGCCCUGAAGAGCUUGGUUUCCUCAGGUUCUUGAAACAGUCCAAGGUUACGCUCAAUGAGUUCGAGUUUUCUUGGAAUAAGAUUGCAGAUAUACAGCUACAGCUCGAGAAGUUGAUAUCAAGAAACUACUUCUUAAACCAGUCUGCAAAGGAAGCGUUUAAGAGUUACUUGAGGGCCUACGAUUCACAUCAUCUCAAGACAAUAUUCGAUAUCGACACCAUCGAUAUGGCUAAAGUGUCCAAGUCUUUCGGUUUUACGGUCCCACCCGCCGUUGAACUGAAAGUAGCAAGCAAAGGACCCCCGCAGAAGAGGAAAGGAGGCGGCGGAUACGGAUACUUCAAAUCAUUAAACGCCCCCAACAACUUCAAACAAAAGGCAGAGAAAACUAAAAUGUACAGGCAGAAAGGCAACAACAAAAGAAAUAACAGCUAGUUUAUAAGAUAAAAUAAAUCGCUUUUAUUUUAAA